AUGGUUAAAAGAUGUGCUUGGGGUACAUGUAACACUGAUUCACGAUAUCCAGAAAGGUCAAUAAAAGACGGAAUACCUGUUACUUUCCAUCCUUUUCCUUCGGAAAGAAAAUUCAAAAAACGAAGAGAAUCGUGGAUCCGUGCUUGUUGCCGUGCUGAUGGCUUUGUUUGCACAAAGGAUAGCUACGUAUGUAGUUUACAUUUUGUUGGAAAGAAAGGGCCAACAGAAAAAUAUCCUGAUCCCAUUCCAGCGACAGCAAGUAGAGAUAAGGUUUGUUAUUUCUUUCUACUUGGCCAUGUAAAUCCAGGAUAAUGCGUGAUGGUAUGAAUAUUUCAUUAGCUGAUUACAUUUUGCAUAUAUACAUUUUAUAUUAGUUGCGAUUUUUUGCUUCUCACAUAUCAGAUCAUGCGGCUUGGCAGAAAGAGAAAAGCACCAACUGAACGAUUUGCCCAUGGAAAAAAAUUUAGGACACCAACCGAUAGAUUAGCAGCCGAAUCGAUGUUGCUACUUUCAUCUGCGAAGUCUGAUGCUGUCGAUGCCUUAUUAUCUUUGUGUGAUGCUAGACAAGACAGUGAUAUUUGCAAGAAUUCAGAUGCCUCGUCAUCUUUGUGUGAUGCUAGACUACAAGACCCUUCUUGUGAGGAAUCAUUAACAGAUGAAGGACAAGACAGAGAGAUAAAAGGACCUACGAACUGUGCAACUCAAGUAAGCACUUUAAUAUUGUACUGGUUUAAUUUAUAAUUUCAGGUUUAGGAAAUAUAAAAUUUUGUUUAUAUGAUCACAACCUUAAAAGGCUUCAUCCCAGCAAUGUAUUUUGUUCAUAUAAACAUGCUAUCCCACCUAAGGCAAGUUUUCCGGCUGAGGCAGGAUGAAAACGUCCUGUCCCACCUCGGUGGGAUCAUAAUUUAUAAACAAGCCCUUAGUCCGUCCAUGGAUAUAAACACUCUCACCCACUCCCCAAGGGCGAUUUUAAAGCUGUUUCUGUGGGUUGUUUCAGCAUUGUUUGAUCUCUGCGAUAUUUCAAGGGAGAAAUUUACAAAUUUCUGAGGAAAAAGAUCUCUUAAUUUGGGGUUAAAUAUUUUCUUGUCUAAUCUGUAUGAGGGAGUGAAUAUGGCCUAUAUACCAUCCAUGACAUUUUAUACCUUCUUUCAAAUUUCUGCUCUAUAUAGACAAAUGUCACAUUGGAUCAUCUAACAGUGUACUCUGAUAGCCAGAUGAUAUCCCCCAAAAAAAUGUCAAAACAUUUAUUCAUGCAAAAUGUAGAAAAUCCGAAGAACUCAAUGCAUUACACUGGUAAGUACAAUUUGUAUGUACUUUCGUAUAUAAGAAAUAACCAAGGGAAAAAAUACAUUGGUCUGUUUCUAUUUGCCUUUUUUUAUAAUUUAAGGUUUAGAAGUAAGUGUACUCCAUGCACUUCAUAAUCUGAUAAAAGACAAAUCUGCAAGAAUGCAUAUGUGGAAAGGUGAAAAAAAAAAAAACAAGAAAUUUGUUGGUGAACAUUACCUUAAGGUUAGUGUGCAAAUAGCUAGUACUCGACAAACUAUACAGACGAAGCACACUAUGGUAUUUUUGUUGUAUGAAUAUAGUCCAGAAGGAUGUAAAUACAGAAAUAAAAAAAUAGCAAGAUUUUUUUCUAAUAUUACUGUAUAUUACCCUUCCUAUUUUUAGCAAAAAUACAAUCUUUCUGCACUAUCAUCAUGGGAGCAACUGGUUCUAACACUGGUUAGAUUACGCCGCAACUUAUCAAUUACUGUUCUUGCAAAUGUUUUUGGGAUUUCUGUUGCAUCUACUAGUAGAAUCAUCAUGAGCUGGAUUGUAUUUUUGGAGAAAGAACUUAACUUUUUACUUCAUUUCCCAACAUUGUCAGAGUUGAGUGGGCUCAAGUAUCCUAAAGCAUACAGGGAAAUCUCUAACCUAAGAGGCAUAAUCGAUUGCACAGAAUUUUACAUUGAAACACCAUAUCGAUUGCCAAGUCAGAGGAGCACAUACAGCAACUAUAAAUCAAGAAACACGUUUAAAUUGUUGAUAUCAAUCUCUCCUAUUGCACACAUCAAUUUUGUGUCCAACCUAUUCACGGGUAGUAUCAGUGACAAGGAGAUUGUAAGGAAAAGUGGAUUUUUGGAUAAAUUGGAGCCUGGGGAUGUAAUUAUGGCAGACAAGGGAUUCAAUGUGCAAGAUCUGUUUGCUCUUAAACAGACAAAAUUAAUUGCUCCGCCAAUAAUGAGAAAGGGUGUAGCCUCAUCGGCAGCUUCAACUAUGACAAGAAGAAUUGCUGCAUCCCGCAUUCAUGUUGAGCGAGUAAUCAGAAAAUUGAAAUGUUUUGGUAUUUUAAGAGGUGUUAUACCAUUGACAUUGAAAUCUUAUGUAAGUUCUAUUGUCAAAGUCUGUUCAGCUAUUGUUAACCUAGAAAGAAGUAUUAUUAACGAAAAAGAAGAUGAUCUAUGA